ACCACUCUCUUUUGGCAAUACUUCUAUCUUAAAACUUCUUACCUAAAAUAGAAAUUUGAUUUUUUGAGAAAUGGCUUCAAAAAUUUCAGCCUCUCUUGUCAUUUUCCUCACAUUCAACAUUCUUUUUUUCACUUUAACCACCGCAUGUGGCGGUGGCUGCAGUUCCACCCCUAAACCCAAACCUAAGCCCAAGUCCACCGGAAGCUGCCCUAAAGACACUCUCAAGCUCGGCGUUUGCGCCAAUGUUCUCAAGGAUCUUCUCAAAAUUCAGUUGGGAACACCACCAGUGAAGCCUUGUUGUUCGCUCCUCAAUGGUUUAGUUGAUCUUGAGGCUGCCGCUUGUCUCUGCACCGCCCUAAAGGCUAAAGUUUUAGGCAUUAAUCUUAAUGUUCCCGUCUCUCUCAGCCUUCUUCUCAAUGUUUGUGGCAAGAAGGUUCCUUCUGGUUUCGUAUGUGCUUGAUAUAUCUAUCCACCCUUCGAUUGAUUAUAAUGUUUAAGUUAUCUUUUGAUGUUUUUCCUUGAUUAAGAUUCUUUGAAUUCUCCUAUUUUCAGUUAAGUGUUUCUUAUACUUCUCGUACUGUAUCCAUUUUUAUCAAUUUGUUCAAUCUGAUAUUUAAAGUAAUAAUAAGCUUCUUGUUUCCACUUUUAUUCUCAAAGAAUCGUAUUUGUAUUUCUUCUUUUUUUUUUCUAAAGAGCAACAAUCUAUAUCCAACUAGUGUAAGUUUAACCCUGGAAUUCUUUUUAUAAGACGUAACUGUAAUUUUUGAUUAAAAAGGAAAAAAAGAUGUAACUGUACUUGAAUGAUG